AUGUCCUCCUCCGCAUCCCACCCAUGCCAGAUCUGCCAGGCACAGCACGAGAUUCCCCUCCCCUCCGACCAAGCCGGCUUGACGCUCCUCCUCGCUCGGUAUCGGGAAUCGGGCUCUGCCGACGAAGCGCUCAAGAUCCGCGCGACCAUCGACCGCGCAGUGGCGUCGCUUGCUACGGCAGUCCAGAAGUUGACGAUGGAGCAGCAUCACUUGACGACAGCACGAGAGGAAGAGCAGGUUGCGCGGGAAGGAGAGCGAGAGUGCCAUGCGGAGAUGCUCAAUAUAGUGAGCGAUGAAGUGGAGAUCGCAGGCGAUAGGGAUGAGAACGAGAAGGGCCGGCGCGAGAUGGCCGAGGGGAUUCACCGCGCACUUCGGAAGGAUUAUGGGGAGGCUGCGGCUACGGAUACUGGGCGCACGAUGGCUGCGCUGAGGAGGGAGCGGGACGGCAUUAAGGAACGGUUGAGGGCUACAGAAGCGGAUGGGGGGAGACGGAAAGCGGCGGGUCGAGAAGCGAUUGAUCGUCUCACAGAGCAGAAGGACAGGUUACUUGCGGAGCUCAGUAAGUAA